CGGACGUUCUUUGCACGCGAAACACAAGCCCAGUAGUUGCGACUCGUCUCGCAGUCGAGGUUCGUCGCUUACGGCGCGUAGAUAUCAUUAGUUAAGUGACUGCUGCACGGGACCCAUACAGUGUACGAGGGACAAAGUGUUAUACCAAGAGUGUGUUGAAGUCGGGAAUGAUUGCCCACAGUAAGAUGAGAUACGUUUGGUACUGUUCCGCGCUACUUGCGCUUGUGUUGUGUGGCACCUGCCGUGCUGUUACUCCUUCGGGAAAGGUGGACUUUUCCGAGGCGGAUGAUUUGAACGACGAAACCAACGGUGGGUUCGUGAGUGUGUACAAAAACUUUCCCAAGAUUCAGGUCACCGUAGACACACAGAAGCUGAAGCGUGUCCCGCAGCCGGAAACGAAAAGUGAUGAGUCGAGCUCGGGCAGCUCCGGCAGCUCCGGUUCGGAGUCGGUCGAACGACCCUCCGUUGGAGUGCGAACGGAUAUAACGAUUGAAAUUUCGGAAGAGUCCGCAAACGAUACGCGCAUCAGUGGUGAUCGUGAUGGGAAAAAGGAUCGUAAUGGGCAGAGUGGCACGGGUGGUGGAGAUGCUGCCGGAAGUGGCAAAAAGGAUCGCAACGGAGCGGGCAAAGGAACCAACGAUGAGGAUGAUGACAAUGCGAGCAUCCCAGUGUUUAAGGGAAUGGCGGGAGUGUCCACUAAAAAGCCGAAACCAACACCAACCCGUGGGUCGGUUCCACAUUCCGACAGCAGACCGAUCGUAACGUACAAUCAGCGACCGACGGUGAGCAGCUUUUACGGCUCGGGCAAUGACGAUCGCAACCGUAUCAGUGGAGAGUACGAUGGCUGGAAUGCGCACUACCCUUCGCACACGGUGACGGCCGUUUGGACCACCGAGCGACCGUACCUUCGCCGGGUGGACUACGACUAUCCAGGGCAACAUCGAUCGCCCCCGUACUACAAGGGUUACGUGCCCUACAAUGUGGGCCACCGUCCCUCGCAGCCGGCGGAGCAACAUCCCCAUCAUCAUCACGCCGGCGACUGGAAACCGUGCUACUGCAGCAUCUACCAGCCGUGGGGUGCACGUGCGCCAUCCAAUCCCGUCCUGCCCGGCACGGGAACGUUGCACCCGACCGCUCACCCGCCACCGCGACACGGCGUCGACAACAAAGUAGAUAUCCCGGCCGUCCAUUCGCCACCGCCGGCACCGUCGCACCAGCAACACUAUCGCUCGAUCCACUCGUAGCGGAAUGCAUUUCGGGUUUUUGGUGGGAGAAGUCCAUCGAUCACCACCCAUCACCACCAUACCCCCUCCUUCCGUCCUGUCCUAAACUCACCCCACUAGUCUAUAAGAAAGCAGCAGCAGCAGUGCAUUUCCCGUUUCCAAAGCACGAGCUGGGAAAAGCAACCUCAAACAACUUGUUGUAUUUUUUUGUAAAUGAUCAAUAAAAGUUGACACACUUUUUUCUACCAUUAGAUUUCGUUUGGAGCACUUUUCC